UCUGAGAGUGGAUAGGAGUUGGUAGCUGUUUGUUAAAAAAAGUUUACGUAUAAACCAAAAUUUCACUAGAAAUAUGGGCUUCGGUGUAAAUUAAAAUUCAUAAGGUUUUCUAUUUCAGUAUCGUUACCAUUUGACUUUGUGGGACGUUACUGUGAAAAAUUAUGUUUAUGGAAUCUUCACAGCGUACAGGGACGUGAUGCCUUGCUUUAUUUCCCAUUUCAGAGGGGAAGCAGGUGGUUCUAAUUCACUACUUCAUCCCCAGUGCAUAGUAGAGGGACUGGUAUAGAGUAGGCCACCUAAUAUAUCAUCUUCUACAGCAACUGAAUUCUGAAUUUGUGUCAGACAUUGUACCUGUGCAGGGAAUAUCAAACUGAAACAACAUUCCUCUUCUCAAGGUGCUUUAUGCAGGGACACACAGGCCAAAAAAACAGAGUGCAUCACCAUAUUUUGUAUAUGGGGUAUGUAUUAACUGCAGUAAAAGGGUAAGAGAAAUGAGUGAGGAGAGGCAGGAUGGGCUUCAUUUCAUGCAGAAGGCAGCUGGAGUGGUUAAAACAAAGCAGUAGUCUUCAAAGAGCAGUCCUUAUUUAGAAUACUUAGAAUUAGUCCUUAUUUAGAGUCUCACCUAAGUUACAUCCGAUUAUAUUCAUAGUUUAGCAAAUCAAUAGCUGAAUUGCUCUGAAUUGGUCUUUUGCUAUUUGAAUUACUUUUUACUGCCUCAAAUAAAGGGUUGACUAAAUUUCUGAAUAUUAAAAAUACUGUGAUAUUACAGAUCUAUACAUAUAAUUUAAGACUUCAUAGCAAGUAUACCAAGAAAAAUUAGAUUUGUAUUACUGGUAGAUAAAUAGGCAGAGGGGUCGCCAGUUGUCAGUUUUCUUUUAUUUGGUAGACUACAGAUUGAAAACUGACAGUCUGUCACAGGGUUGGUUUGUUUUUAAUUUGAGACAAAAAAAGUACAAUAGAAAGUUUUCAACUCUACAAAUUGGAUAUCUAACAAUACUGGUCUAAUAGUCCUGCACACAGCAACAGCAUUUCCAAGGAUCUAAGUCCAAGACCCUCCAUUCAUUUACAUAUUGCAAUGGCUGCUUUUCAGCUGCAACUGUUGAGUUGAAUAGUUGGUACACAGGCCACAUGGACUCAAAGCCUCCGAUAUUUACCAUCCAGCCCUUUAUGUGAAAAUUUUGCUGAAGACAUCUCAAGAAUAAAGGUUCUAAAACUUUUGAUACCUUUAAAAAUUAUUAAGGUGUCCAAAGAGGUUUGGUUUUUGUGUGGAUUGUUGGUAAAAAGUUAAUCAGUCGAUCUAAAAAAGAAAUGGAAAAUUUUAUUUGUGCCAAGCUGAGGAUUAUAACCCGAAACGGCAUCUCAGAAAGCUCUAAGGACUGUUCCGCUCAUUAGAAGUCAAAACACAGUUAUACAAGUUUUUCGAAACAGAGGGCUGUACAUUAAAUGAUGUAUUACUGACAGUUUACACAGUCCAGAUCUAACCAUCAUCUUGGCCACUUUCAAGAUCAAGAAGGAACGUUAUCUUUUAGGGAGUUGUCUUGUUGAUGCUAGGAGAAUGUUGCUCUUUAUGGUUGAGCAGGUAUUUCCGCUGAUGGUGGAGGUUUGGUUGAUACAAAAUGCAUAUACACAAUGCACAGUAGAGAGGAGAGAGGAGGUCAAAAGGCAGAGAAAUGUUUUUGUGUUUGAAUUUUUCUUGUCUUGCGACAAAAUAUGAAUUUUAUUUCACAGGUUUAUUUUUGUUAAUAAUUGCUAAUAUCUCAUAAAAAUGAGAAAUUUAAAAAAUAACUUAUUUAAAAGAAUAAGCCUAAUCCUCGUUAAUAUAAAUAACACAUAUUUUAUGAAAAAUCGCCAUAGUAUCUAAAACUAAACCAUUAGAAGAAUGCUGUUAUUUUACAUUUUUGCAGAUCUCUUAAAUGUUUGGCUAAAUAAGAGAUAACCAGAUUUCAUAUCUCUUGUUGUUACUUGUUUAGUUGAAGUACACGAAGAAAAGGGGGCCUCACAGAGUUAUGCAGCUGGAAAAGGGAGUAUUUUAAUAACCUUUUUAGACACUUGUAAAUAUUCUCUGACAGCAUACCAAAACUAAACAAAUGGUAGUCUCUUAAUGGUUAGUUGUGACGUGGAAUUUGAAACCAUCUUUAGAAUUCUGAGGAUUAAGUGUCACCUUGCCAGUAAACGCGUCUUUUUUUUGGCUCAUUGGGUCUUCGUUGCUGUGCGCGGACUUUUUCUGGUUGCAGCGAGUGGGGACUACUCUUCGUUGCAGUGCGCAGUCUGCUCAUUGCAGUGGCUUCUCUUGUUUUGGAGCACGGGCUGUAGUGACAGGCUCAGACGCAUCAGGACCGGACCCGCAGCUGGCGGUCACCAUGGGCUUCACGGGGUUCGGGAAAAAAGCUCGCACAUUUGAUUUGGAAGCAAUGUUUGAACAAACUCGAAGAACAGCAGUGGAAAGAAGUCGGAAAACACUGGAAGCAAGAGAAAAAGAGGAAGAAAUGAACAGAGAGAAAGAAUUAAGAAGGCAAAGCGAAGAUCUUGAACCAACAUCUUCAGGCUCAAAUAUGGCCAGAGAUUGCUCUAAAUCAUCUUCCAGGGAUACAAGCAGCAGUGAAAGUGAAGCAAGUUCUGAAUCUUCUGAUGAUGAGUUAAUUGGCCCCCCUUUACCCCUUAAAAUGGCAGAAGAACCAGUUAAUCAUAUGGAGGAAGAUAUCCUUGGUCCUUUACCUCCACCUCUUGGUGAAGAUGUGGAAGAAGAAGAUGAUGAUGAUGAUGAUGAUUCAGAAGAGGAGGAAAAUCCUGUCCAAAAGAUCCCUGACUCGCAUGAGAUAACGCUGAAGCAUGGCACUAAGACAGUUUCUGCUUUGGGUCUGGAUCCCUCAGGUGCCCGUUUGGUGACUGGAGGAUAUGACUAUGAUGUUAAGUUUUGGGAUUUUGCUGGAAUGGAUGCUUCUUUUAAGGCAUUUCGAUCCCUUCAGCCCUGUGAAUGCCAUCAGAUCAAGUCAUUACAGUACAGUAACACAGGAGACAUGAUUCUUGUUGUAUCUGGAAGCUCUCAGGCCAAAGUGAUUGACAGAGAUGGUUUUGAAGUAAUGGAGUGUAUAAAGGGAGACCAGUAUAUUGUAGAUAUGGCCAACACCAAGGGUCAUACAGCAAUGCUUCAUACUGGCUCAUGGCAUCCCAAAAUAAAGGGAGAAUUUAUGACUUGCUCAAAUGAUGCGACUGUGAGGACAUGGGAAGUUGAAAAUCCAAAGAAGCAAAAAAGUGUGUUUAAACCACGGACAAUGCAGGGUAAAAAAGUAAUUCCCACCACUUGUACAUAUAGUAGAGAUGGAAACCUCAUAGCAGCUGCCUGCCAGAAUGGAAGCAUACAGAUCUGGGACCGAAAUUUGACUGUUCAUCCUAAAUUCCACUAUAAACAAGCUCAUGACCCGGGCACAGAUACUUCUUGCGUGACUUUUUCCUAUGAUGGUAAUGUCCUUGCCUCUCGUGGAGGUGAUGACACAUUAAAAUUAUGGGACAUCCGACAGUUUAAUAAGCCACUUUUUUCAGCCUCGGGUCUUCCCACCAUGUUCCCAAUGACUGACUGCUGUUUCAGUCCAGAUGAUAAACUCAUAGUCACCGGUACGUCUGUUCAAAGGGGAUGUGGCAGCGGCAAACUUGUUUUCUUUGAGCGCAGGACUUUCCAAAGGGUGUAUGAAAUAGACAUCACAGAUGCGAGUGUUGUCCGCUGCCUGUGGCAUCCAAAGCUGAACCAGAUCAUGGUGGGGACUGGAAACGGAUUGGCUAAAGUCUAUUAUGACCCCAACAAGAGUCAGAGGGGAGCGAAAUUAUGUGUGGUUAAAACACAGCGGAAGGCGAAACAAGCGGAGACUCUAACCCAGGACUACAUCAUCACCCCUCAUGCCUUGCCUAUGUUCCGCGAGCCCCGCCAGCGGAGUACAAGGAAACAGCUGGAGAAGGACAGACUGGAUCCCCUGAAGUCUCACAAACCCGAACCUCCUGUAGCAGGCCCAGGUCGUGGUGGCCGGGUUGGAACCCACGGGGGCACCCUGUCGUCGUACAUUGUGAAGAACAUUGCUUUGGACAAAACCGAUGACAGCAAUCCCCGGGAAGCCAUCUUGCGGCAUGCCAAAGCAGCCGAGGACAACCCGUAUUGGGUUUCUCCAGCCUACUCCAAGACUCAGCCCAAAACCAUGUUUGCCCAAGUUGAAUCUGAUGAUGAGGAAGCAAAGAAUGAGCCGGAAUGGAAAAAACGUAAAAUUUGAGGAAUCUCAUGUGAGAGCUGUUUGCAUGAGGGGGAGGGAUAUUGAACAGGUUUGGGUUUUUUUUUUUUUAAUGAAAUAAAAAGACAUUUUUAUGAUCA